AUGGUGCAAUUUGAUGCGGGAUCCCCGCUGCACUCAGGCACAUCUGGUGUCUCAUUGGUGUGCGGCGGCCUGGGCUGUGAGGAUGGCUCUUGUGGGGAUACCGGUUGCCCUAACGGCGACUGCUCGAUCUCCUCAUGUGAGCCCACCACCGCGACCAAUUGCGUCAAAUACUGCACGGUGACUACCAAUGCGGUGGCACUGGCCACAACGUCGUGCACAUUAUCUACGUGCUAUCCCUUCGUCGGGUGCGACGCCACAGCGACUACCAGGACCGUGACCUCUACCAGCGACGCUGCCUGUCCGGCCUUCACUACCACCCCGCCUGCUACCGUUGGUGAGGACCGGUUCGAAGGCUGCAGCCCGUGUGCCUGGGCUGAAAUGCCCCUGACGACCGAUGAGACGGACUAUAAUCUGGAAAAGCGAUAUGCAGAGCCUACCGCUUACCGUGCCAUGAUGGAGCCCCCCUCACCCGACAAGCGAGCAGCAAAGCCCAAAUUCAAUCCAAUUACGUCCGCUACCAUAGGCGGCUGCGCCUUGCCUACUCCCCUGACGCUGACAUGGCUAGGGGGGCCCUCAUUCCUGAAGAGUGCACUCAACAACAAACUUCAACCCAACCAGGAGAAUAUGCCCAGGUGGUACUCAAAAACAGUCGAGAAUUGUGUCCCGACUGUGACACAGAUCAGUGACCAGCUUAUGAGUACCAACAGCAAGAAUAGCCCGGGCAAAGCCCAGCAACCCACUAAUGACCAUGUUUGGGAGCGUAAUUGGUUCAAUGCUUUCUGGACUUCCAUCAUCGGCCAAGGGAAAUGGAACUGCGACCUAAUGAACAGCGUGAUGUUCGGCGAAGGGUGCUCGACCAAUCUCCUACAGAAGGUCUUCAACGCGGUGGCGAACAAUAAGGAAUGGGAUUUCAUCGGUAUGACUCAUGAGGUCAAUAGCGACUACAAAGGCUUGAUCGGGAGCUACGAGUCCAUCCCCGGCGUCAAAGACAAUAUAGUCAAGAGGAACAGGAUCUCGGCUACGAUGCCGUGGGGUCCGGAGAAAAAUGAGAUCGGGGUUCGACAAAAGCUAGCCACGAAGCUGAACUUCCUGGAAACGUUGGCGAUGAGCUGUUAUGUCUGGACGGAGCCGUGGCUGACCCCCGUGCUCGACUCGACCAACAACAAAGUCUAUACUGAGCUUCUCGCAGUCGACGAGUAUACCGCGGACAAUAAAGAACUGGAAAGUACUAACCUAGCUACCCUGUAUCGAGACUUUAUGACUGCUCGUAUGGUGGACAUGAUGGAAGAGGGACUGAAUACGGCGAACCUGAUGGUACAAGACCUGGACGCGAGCUUCAUCACUGCUGCGAGUGUUGCCACAGGGGCCGGAGAUGCUGGCAUCUCAGAGCUCACCGCGUUACAGAAAGCAUUCAACACUUUGGUCACGCAAUUCGAGCUAGAAUCCACGUCAGAACACAUAUGUUCCAAAUCCAUCACCUUGAGUUGGACGAAGCUGGACAGCGCCAAACGCGACCUGGGCGAUGAGAUUUGCGAAUUACCUACCACCACCACCACCACCACCACCACCACCACCACCACCACUUCAUCGUCCAGCACGUCGAGCGCCACCACCACUACUACCACUGCCGCGCCGUCUCCCGACCCCACGGCACAAGUGGUGAUCGCACUUGCCGAAGAUGCCAGUUCCCUCACCCCGUUCAGUUGGCAGUUUUUCGAUGUUGCAAUUGGGGCAACUCUGGAAGCGUGCGACGGCACUGGUGAGAUCUUCGCGCCCAACGACGAGGAUAGCGAAGGAUAUCCGUAUCCGGAUGGGAACUGGACGCUGGGCUUCAACGUCGACGGCAUGAGUGGCUGCAGCUACUCCGGCACGAGCGACGGGCCUGGCACGUUGACCUGCCCCGCUCUGUCGGCCCCCGUGCAGUGCCAGACUGCAGGCAACAAGGACACCGUCUACUGUUAUGGCGUGGACGUCACAUCUAUCACUCCGAUGGUCGUGUGUUUGUGGUGAUGAG